AAGAUGGGUUGAGACCUGAUUGGCUGUGGAGAUAGCUGUGGCAAUAAGCGAGCCCGGUACUCAUGUCGAAAAUAUUUGCCGCAAAGCUUAUAAAACCACGUCUCCAUACAUAUGCCCACUUCCUUUUUCUGACCUCAUGUUUCCCUCCCCCUGGCGACGUGCCUCUUGGAUUCAUCACCAGAAUCUCCACCGACAGAGCUCUCUGAUCCGGGCUGGAGCAGAAUCCAUCUAAAAGAUUGCUUGCAAAUUUAACCGACCGCCAGAUCUGGCUGGAAAGUCAACAUUUGCACUCCUCAACGUCAUAUGCACCUUGUGCGAUCUACAUCAACAGGGCGCUGUUGAGCGACAGCUAUGGCUGCAGCAUCCCAGCAUGGCAAUGUGAACUACACAGUGUUUAUACGCCUCCCGAUUCCUAGAGGCGACUUCGUGGAUCCACCUCCCAUCGAGUGGAAUGUAGCUAAAGACCAAGCCCUUUGGGACAUUCUCUCGCGUCCGUCCAAGGGAGAUGAUGUAGACUGGAAAGCACUGGCGGAUAACUUCGAUGUGACUCUGCAGUUCCUGCUUCAGCAGGCAGCAUGGUUGUAUGACCAACAGCUAUCAAAAGUCCGUGCGCAGAUGCGCAAGGUUGGGUCCACACAGCCCAAUGCUCCCUCUCCUACCGGUGGCUCGGUGUCAGGCAGCACUGCACUUGGCGGACAGCCUGCGAAGGGUACUCUAAGUUCAGGACAACGUGUUUCUUCUCGACUGGCGUCGUAUCAGAAGGAAGCAUCUUCGCAGCGAGCUGCUGGAAUUCAUCGCACUAGUUCUACCUCUACUGUGAAUCAGCUACGAGGCACACGGGAGACUUCUCGCAACAAUACACCGACUGUGGAAGUUGCAGAUCCAAAAUGGGAAUCCGCCGGCCGACGGCCAUCUGCUACGCGACGGGAGCAGGCCGCGGUAGCACAGUUUCAUAGAUCCCCGACUCUCGAAGAGGAGGAUCUCAGCUCUAGCUCGUCAUCCAAGGAGUCGAGCUCGGACUCUGAGAAUGAAAUUUCUGGCCGGAGGGGAGCCAGAUUCAAGCGGUUCGGGAAAUUCUCGAUCCACCGGCCUGGGCUACGCGAUGAUCAAGACGACGAUGUGGAUGAAUCACCCGCUUUCUUGCCCAUGACAUAUGAGCCUACACCGUCUGGGCGUGAAUCACUUGGGCAGGAUCCAAAUGCCACCCUCCGUCUGGAAGCGCAAAGGCCCCCGAUUCACAAAAGACGCACCGCGGACCGGCCCCCUCCACCGCUCCACAAGUCUACCACUGCAGACUCAUCUACCAGCUCUGUUAGCUCCGGGGUCCCAGUCAGCCAUCCUCGGGGUGACCAUCCGCGGCGCACGAACCAGAUAGCUGGUGUUCCGAGCCCGCGACGCACCGCAGAGCUAUCCCGUCUUAGCUCCAGGCGGUCCGUUGCAUCUGGGCGGGACGUUAGCGAUGACACUCCUAGCAUGGGGAGCAGCUUUAGUGAUCUCGACGAUGCUAGUGUGACCCAGUCCGCGCUGGAAGAAGCCCUUAUGAGCAACAUGCAGCACGGCGGGAUGGCGAGCCGGAUGAGCACAAUCAGUCAAGCCUUACGUAGUCGUUAUUUGUAGAUCAUUUCUUUCUUCUUUUCUUUCUCUUCUUCCCCCUUUUGAAAACAGCAGGGAAUGGC